AUGGAGAACACAUAUGACAACAAGAUCAAGCUCGUUUUCGCCGCCAUGGCCGUUCUCAUGCAACCAUGUGCCUGGCUUGAGUCCCUCUGCCUGUACAUUCUCAGCAUCGACGACGCCACCACCUUUCGCGUGUUUCCCUCCCAAGAUGCACACCCUGAAUUCCCCGUCAUCCUCCCCAAUGGUUUGGCCUUGAUUCACAUCCUCUUGAUCCCGAACCUCGUGUGGCUAGAGAAUGAGCCUGGAAGCGGCAUGCUGGUGGCCAAGCUGGUCGCGCCUCUGACUAGGCGGUGCAGUCGUCGUGUGCGAUGGCUACUGAUGCUGCCGCGGGUCUGGCUGUAUUUGGCUCUGUUCAAUUAUCAUAUGGUGUCUUUUCUUGAGGAUCCGAGCCGAAUCUUUGGUAUUGCUCUCAAGCUGGGGUUUUCCAUGUGCAUUCUGUGA